GUUUCAGCAAUCAUUUGCGUUUAUUUUGGGAAAGAUGAUUCAAUGGAACAAUAUUGAGCAGUGUGAAAUGGUAUGAAGUAUAUUGUUCAAUGGAACAAGAUUGAAUGUUUAACAACAAACGCGAAUUCAAACAUCAAUGGCCAUAAAUCAUAAACAAUUAAAUGCAUUUGGUAUUUAUCAGACUUUUCAAAAACAUUUUUAAAAAAUAAAACAAAAACUAACAAUACAAUAAAAGUUUUUCCAUCGUAAAUCAUAAUCACAAUUUUGAUAGCCGAAUAAAGAAAAUAGAACAGAAAAUAAAAGACAACAAACAAUUCUAUAUAAGCUCCCCAUGUUAUGUAAGAAUUAACAAAAGGAGAAUUUAUUGCACAACGCAUCAAAACAAUAAACAGUUGGCAACAAAAAAAAAUAUUCACCAUAACCAGACUCUUCUAAUUGUUAUAAAACAUAAAACAAAUUUAUGGUAACCAUUUUGGAAUAUUUACAAAGCACCAUCUAUAUAUUUACGCCUGAAUAUAUGCAAUAAAUCGUUAUAAAUGGAUAAACUGUGAGAUUAGUAAUAGCUACUGGAAAUACUAACAAACAUUAAAUAAAUAAAUAAAAACAGAAGGAUUUUUCAAUAUUAACAGCAUAUCCUUUUUCAGGAUAAUUUUCAGUUGCAACACUAAACCAUAAUAUGGUAUGGAGAUCUUGUGUUCUAUACUUAAAUUUUGUUUAAUUUUAAAAUCUAUCAGUAAAAGAUAAAAGAGAAAAGGAUAUAAGAGAAAAAGGUUUAAAAUUUUGAAAAAUCAAAAAAACCAAAACAGUCAAAUUCAAAAGGGUUGCAAGAUUUUAAUAAAUUUUCCUAUACUUUUAUGUGCAAAACUACAGAAAAAAAAAAUCGAACCAAGUUUCAAACAAUUUUUCUUUAAAGUACUCAAUUUUAAUUUUUAUAGUAUCCUUUUUAACAUAAAAUAAAAAAUAAAACAAAUAAUUGGUUUUUUACAUAACAAUAAACAAAUUUUCAAUAACAUUUCACAUUUUUUUUACAUACACACACAUACACAUACAUACAAAGUAUACAAAUAUCCUCAAAUCAAAUUAAAUGGGCAAUCAAUAAUGGUACUAAAAAUAAAAAACAACAGCAAAACAAAUAACACAAAGCUUUCUUUAAAGUGAUAACAAAAAUGAUGUCAUAGUAAGUGAAAAUGGUUUAAGUGCCAAUUUAAAAAAAAUUUCGAAAUAUUGAAAAUUAAUUAUAAAAUUUUGCAUAAUGUUAAAGUGUUAUAAAAUUAAAGAAAAAUUCAAAUAUGAAAUCGUAUUAUGGAAAAUGGAAAAUCAAUUAAACAAGAGAAAAUUAUCAAAAAAGAUGGCUAGCAGGAACGAAAUUAAUAAUUUAGAAAACACUCAUCAAGAUUAUUAUUAUCUUCAGAAGCAGAAAAUAAUUUUAAAAAAUAUUAUUGAGUUUAAAAAGCAAUGGAGAAACUUUUAUCAAAAGAAGUUGAAUUAAAAUCCUUUACUGAAUAUCCAAAAUUAUCAAAAGAAUUACAAAAAAAUUUUUAUCAACUUGAAAAAAAUAAUGUUGAUUCAAAGGACAUUAUCAUUAAUUUUAAUAAUAGUAAAAAUAUUUUUAAAUUAAAUGAUUAUUAUUAUGAUGAAGGUGGCAUUAUAAAUACAGCACUUAAUACUGAUUCAGACAAUUUAUCUGAUAGUGGUUACGAUAGAGCAGAAAUUGAGGAAAUCUCACAAUCAGAUAGUAGUAUAAUGCCACGUUUACCUGGUGAUAGUGAUCCACAUAGUGAUGAUGAUAAUUGUAGUAUUACAAAUCAUGAUAAUAAUAAAGAAAAUUUUGAAAAUUUAAAAGAAAUUUUAAGAAAUAAUAAUAAAAAAACUGAUAUAAUCAAUACGAAUUUAAAUCAAGAACAUAAUAAUCUUGAUUUAAUAAAUAAUAGUAAAACAACAAUUAAUAUGUUGCAAAAUUCUAUAAGAUCACCGGUACCGACAACAUUAAAUGUUAAAGGAAUUGAAACUGGAAAAAUUAUUGAAAAAAAUAUUAAUAAUGAUUUUAUAAUAAAUGGGACCAAAACAACAAAUACAACAACAACAACGACAACAACAACACCAAUUGAAAGAAGAAAAUCAUCAACACAAGAUAGAGCGAUAAUUGGUGAAGAAGGUCUUAAUAUUAAUGGAAUAUCAGGAGGCGAUUACGAUUCAUUAAAACAAAAUCAAAAAGUAUUUAAUAAUGAAAUUUAUUCAGCAUUUAAAAAAGCUAAUGUUGUUAAAGGUAUUCUAUGUCCGUCAUUAACAAAUUCAUUUAAAAAUCGAUCACUUGAACGUUCCUAUUUAACAUAUACACAUCGUCAGAGGCAAAAAUCAUUAAUAAUUGUGAAUAUUGUUGAUUUUAUAUUAAAGGCUGUGUUAGCAAUAGUAUGGUUACACAAUUUAGACAAAGAUAAAGAGAAACGUACAACUGGAAAUGUUAAUAUAGAAAAUCCAAUAGCUUGGUCAGUUUGUUGUAUGAUAGCAAAUUUAGCGAUAUGUGGUUUAGGUUUAUGGAGAUGUUUUGCUAAUAAUUAUUUACAUUGGGCCGCAACAUGUACAUGGUUAUUAUUUAAUAUACAAGGUUUUGUUGGCGAAGGACUUGGUUUCGAAGAUCGUGAAUAUUAUUUAGUUUGGUAUAUUUUAUUUAUUAUUUUUGUACCAUACGCAAUGUUACCGUUACCAUUAAGAUGGUGUGUUAUAGCUGGAACAAUGUCUGCUUGUUGUCAUUUAAUUGUCAUAGCUAUUGUUAAAUUGACAAAAGAAAAUGAUUUGGAAGGUACUGAUUGUGUCCUUUAUCAAAUUUUCACCAACUUUUUAUUAUAUACGGCAAUAAAUGUUGCUGGUAUGUAUACAAAAUAUUUAACAGAUAGAGGACAACGUUUGGCAUUUAUUGAAACUCAUAAAGCAAUGGAACAUAAAAAAGAAUCAGAAAAUGAAUUUUUAAAAACUCAAAAGUUACUCGAUUCAAUUUUACCAACUGUAGUUAACAAUGAAAUCCGUAAGGAGAUGUACAGAAGUCCUGAUACUAAUGUUGAAUAUCAAUUUAAUAAAUUAUACGUUUAUCCAAUGGAAAAUGUCAGUAUCCUUUUUGCAGAUAUUGUGGGUUUUACAAAGUUUGCCAAAGAAGUGAAAUCAGCCCAAGAACUAGUAAAAAUUUUAAAUGAUUUAUUUGCAAGAUUUGAUCGGAUUGCUGAGGAUAAUCAUUGUUUACGUAUUAAAUUACUUGGUGAUUGUUAUUAUUGUGUUUCAAUGUUUGAAGAUCAUAAUUGGAAAACGAGACCAGAUCAUGCUGUUUGUAGUGUUGAAACUGGUUUACAUAUGAUUAAAGCAAUUAAGGAUGUUAGACAUAAUACACAAGUUAAUCUUGAAAUGAGAAUUGGUAUACAUAGUGGUUCAGUUAUGUGUGGUGUUUUAGGUAAUAAAAAAUGGCAUUUUGAUGUAUGGUCAAAUGAUGUUAUUAUUGCAAAUCAUAUGGAACAAGGUGGUAUACCAGGGCGUGUUCAUAUAUCUGAGGCAACUUUAAAAUGUUUAAAUGAUGCUUAUGAAGUUUUACCAGGAAAUGGUGGUACACGAGAUUCUCAUUUACAAAAAUUAAAUAUUAAAACUUAUAUUAUAAAACGAGAUGAGCCAUUAAGAUUAUUCCGUAGAUUUGGUAAUCGAAGUGAACGUAAAUCAAAUAAUAGAACAACAAAAUUAAUAAAUGGUAAUAGUGGUGCCAAUGGAAAUAAUGAUGCAACAACAAUUAUGACGACAACACCAGCGACACCUUCAAAAAUACCAACAAAUAUAAUACAAUCAACAAGACAAGAAACAAUUGUUGUCAUGAAUACUGAUAACAAUAGUAAUAAUGAUGAUAAAAAUGUUAUUAAUGAUGAAAGUAUUAAAAUAGCAUCAGUAAUAAAAAGUACUGGUGGCAGUAAUGAUGGUAACAUUAUACAACCAACCAAUACAAUUACAAGUACAACUAGUACAAUAGGAAAUAAUAAAAAUAAUAAUUUAAGUGAUAAUAAUGUUAUUGGUGUUGUUGGUGGUGGUGCUGAGGAUAGUAUUGCAACAAUACAAGAAGAUGAACCGACAACUGAAUGGACACCUGAAAUACCAUUUAAAAAUCUUAACGAGUCAGAAGACGGCCUCAAUCGAUCAGAUUCAUUUAUUGUUGGAGGUAAUGGUAUUGAUAUGACAAAACAACAACCAUAUAGUGAUUCAAUAAGCACGGCUGAAGAGAUUGACGAAUUUAUUGAUCAAAACAUUCAAAUCAAUUCUAAUAAAGAAAUUCGCCAAGAAUAUCUAAAUAAUUGGACAUUGAAAUUUAAGGAUCCUGAACAGGAGCAGAAAUUUUGUCAAUUACGUGAGGAUAUGUUUAGAUCGAACAUGCUGUGCAUUUUUGUUAUAUGGAUUUUUAUUGUAUUAUGUCAGGCAAUUAUCAUUCAAAAAUGUACGUAUUUAAUAAUUUGUUUAGCUGUUGGAACACUUUUAUUGAUAGCAGGUGGAAUUAUAUUAGUUAUGGCUGAAGAAUUUUCAAUAUUUCCGUCCAUAUUACAAAAAAGUUCAGCAACAUUAGUACAUCGUCGAAAUCGUCGUACAAUAUUUAUAUGUUCUGUUGUAAUAUUAAUGUCAGUUGCAAGUACAGUCGGUUUAGCAUUUUGUCCAGUAGAACGUGAAAUCGAUUUAGAAAAUGAACAAAUUAUAAUACCAACAAAUACAAAUAGUGAUAACAUAAAUAAUUUCAAUAAUAAUAAUAAUAAUAUACAAAAUAUAAUUACAAAUACAAAUAAUAAUAAUGAAAUAAAAUUAAAUGUUCAUAUAUCAGCAACAAUACAUCAUAAUAUAACAAUUAAUCAAUCACCAAUACAACAAUCAUCAUCAUCAUCAUCGAAUACUGGCACAUCUAAUUUGAAUUCACCAAAUACAAUUAAUUAUAUUGUUGAUACAACAAUUUUAGAUGAUAAUUUUACAGCAAAUACAAGUCAAUUAUCAACAAAUAAUAAUUAUAACAGUAAUAAUAAUGUUAUUGGUAAUAGUAUAACAAAUGAUAUUGUUGAUCCAAAUUCAAUGGCAUUAGCAUUAGCUGCUGUUGCGAUACCAGAAAAUGUAGAAAUUGUUAAAAAAACAAUUGUUGAUGUAUUAAAAAGAAAUCAUUCAAAUAGUAACAGUAUAUUAUUAAAAUCAUCAUCGUUGCUGGCAUCUCAAUCAUCGUCAUCGUCGUCGUCAUCAUCAUCGUCAUCGUUAACAUUAGAAUCAUUAAAAGAACCGGGAUCAUCACAUUCUUUAAUUUAUGUGCCAAAUAGUAAUACAAAUACUAAUAUUAAUAAUAAUAAUAAUAAUAUUAAUAAUUUAGAAAAAUCAUCAACUGAUAAUAAUAAUAAUAAUAAUUAUAUUAAUGGUUAUAAUAAUAAAAUAUAUACAAAUAAUAAUAAUAAUAAAUUUAUAAAUAUUUAUUAUGAUGAAAAUAAUACAAAUUAUUAUUUUGAUGAUAUAAAUAGUAAUAUAUAUAAUAAUAAUAAUACAAAUCAAGAUAAAUUAAAAUGUUUUCGUCCAGAAUAUGUUGUAUUUACAUGGAUUUUAUGUUUAAUUGCAUUAGCAACAGCAUUAAAAUUAUAUUAUUUAGUUAAAACAUUUAUGGCUGUUAUAAUGGUUGCAACAUAUGCAAUAUUAAUAUCAGUUGUAUUUAAACAAAUGUUUGAUCAACCAAUAAUACAAAAAAUUCAUGGUAAUAGUAAUAAUAAUAAUACAACAAUUGAUGGUAGUAUUACAAUGCCAAUGGCAACACAAAUGUUAAUGUUAUUACUUGUAUUUUUUACAAUGGUAGCAUAUCAUGCAAGAUUAGUUGAGGUAACAUCACGUUUAGAUUUUAUAUGGAAGGAACAAGCAGAAAAAGAAUUAUGUAAUAUGAAAUCAAAUCGUAAUCUUAAUGAUUUAUUAAUAAAGAAUAUUCUUCCGGAUCAUGUAGCAACAUAUUAUUUAUCACAUGAAAUGAAUGAUGAACUUUAUUCAAAAGAUCAUUUAUUAUGUGGUGUUAUGUUUGCAUCAAUACCAAAUUUUCAAGAUUUUUAUAAUGAAGAUAUUGAAAAUGGUAAAGCAUGUAUAAGAAUAUUAAAUGAAAUAAUAUGUGAUUUUGAUGCAUUAUUAGAUGAAACACGUUUCACAUCAAUUGAAAAAAUUAAAACAGUUGGUGCAAGUUAUAUGGCAGCAUCAGGAUUAGAUUGUAAAGAAUUGGCAAAUCGAGGACAAACUUGUGAAGAUUCUGUUUGUACAUUAGUUGAUUUUGCAUUGGCAAUGAAACAAAAAUUACAAGAAGUUAACAAGGAUGCAUUUAAUACAUUUCAAUUGAGAGUUGGUAUUAGUAGUGGACCAUUAGUAAGUGGUGUUAUUGGUGCUAGAAAACCAGUAUAUGAUAUAUGGGGUACAACAGUAAAUGUUGCAUCUAGAAUGGAUUCAACUGGUGAAAAUUGGAGAAUACAAGUACCAUCAUAUACAGCAACAUUAUUACAAUCAAAAGGAUAUACAUGUGUCGAACGUGGUGAACGUGAAGUAAAAGGUUUAGGUCAUAUGAAAACAUGUUUUGUUCUUGGUAAAGGAAUAUCAUCUAGUCAAGUAACAUCACCAAUAAUAAUGCCAGCUGGUAUACCAUUAGCACAAACACCAUCAUUACAACGUCAAACAUCACAACAUGGUAGUUUUAGUGCUGUUGUAUUUGGUAUGAUGCAAGCAUCAAAACGUAGUAGUAAUUUACAACCAACACCAACCGGUACACCAUCUCCACAAAUAAGACGUGGACGUCGUGGUAGUACAUUCAGUUCUGUAAGAAUAUCAUCAAAAGAUACAAAAAUAGUUACAAAUCCAGUUAGAAGAAAUACAACAAGAGUAAGAGGAUAUCAUCAAAAAAAGAGUUCUUCCAAUAAUUCAAUAAUAGUCGGUAAUCAACAAAACAAUUAUAUUCCAAGUUUUAGAAAAUUUGAACAAAAAGAAAAUAAUCAAAAUUCAGCUCUUUAAUAAAAUUUUAAUAAUAAUAAUAAAAAAAAAAAUUUAAAUUACUUAUAUUAUAAAAAAAAAAAAAAAUUAAUUGUAUUGUAAUUUACCAUUAAAUCAGGCUAUUUUAAUAUAAUAAUUAUUAAAUAAAAAUAAUAUUGUAUUUUUAUGUAAAGUAUUAUAAAAGUAAAAAAAACAAUAUGUAUUAAAAUCAAAUAUUAAAAAAGAAUAUGCAGGGUGUCUCCAAUUAAUUAAUAUUAAAAAAUUAUUAAAAAAAAAAGUAUAUACAAAUUAAAUAGAAUUUUACUACGAAACUAUUAAAGUCUAUGUAUAUUAAAAAAAAUUCCUAAAUAUUAAGAUUUACAAAAAAAAAUUUCUCUUUCUUCUAUUAAAACCUGAUCACCUAAAUCAUUUAGAAGCCAUGUAAAGCUUUGAAUUUUGAGUACAUACAACGUGUUCAUUUAUUAUUUAAAAUAUAAAUUUCUUUUUCUAAUUAAUAAACUAUAAAAAUAAUAUAAUCGGUUCGUGUUGUGUAAAUUUUUUAUUAAAUUUUAAAAUCAAACCAUUAAAAAACUUUAAAUUAUAAACGUACAAUUUAAAACUCUUUGAAAAUUAAGUGAAAUUCAGAUAAAUAAUUGAGAUUUUAAAACUUCCCUUAUUUAGUGAUGAAAAUGUAAUAAAUUCAAUUUUUAAACAAUAUUGCAAAAUAUUUUUAAUUACAAAAAUUAAAUUACUUGAAUUUGGAGCAUGAAACACUUUGCAUAUAAAGCACAAAAAAUAUAAUCAAAUCUUUUUGAAAAAUUUCAAAAUAUUUUUGAAUAUUUUCUAAAUUUAGAAAAAUUAUAUUUUAACAAAAUUAGUAGAUACUUAUGUAAUAAUAAAAAUAAAUGUUAAAUUUAAGAAUUCGUACAUUUAAUAAUGAAAAGGUGAAGAAAACAGUUUUACAGCAACAUUCAAUCUAAUUGAGAGAGCUAAUGUACAAUAGAGCUUUAAAUAGUGUUAUAUAAGUAAUAGAUAAAAAUUAAAAUAUAAGAUUUUACUUUUAUUACAAAAAGAAAUCAUUAAAUUAAUAAAAAAAAUUUAAUUAAUGUUUUAUUAAAUAUGUAAAUUAACUAAAAAAAAAAAAAAUUAAUAUAAAAAAAUUUAGAUUAAUUUAUUUUCAAGAAAACACAAAAAUAAAAUAU